AUGGCGACGAGCAGCAACGACGGACGAGAAGAGCCCGACGUCCCCUGCGACAGCUGCAUGGGAGAGCCUGGAAGGGCCGUCAAAUCCUGUCUGACUUGCCUGGUAUCCUUCUGUGAGGAGCACCUGAGACCUCACUUGGAGAACACCAAGUUCAAGAGUCACCGUCUGGUGGAGCCUCUGCACCACGUGGACGCGCGCACGUGCGACGCGCACCGUCUCCCUCUAGGGCGCUUCUGCUUGACGGACGGCCGCUGCCUGUGCUCCGACUGCUGCGAGGGGGAGCACCGAGGUCACGCCACAGCAUCUUUGGAGGAGGCCAGGGCUCGAAUUCAGAAUGAACUGCAGAAAAAGCAGGACGAGAUCAGUCGGAGCAUCUCGGCUGCAGACAAAGCACUGGAGAAGCUGCGGAGCAACAACGACGCCAUGACGUCUACCGUGCGAGAAGUGUCUGCUCAGGUGGAUCGGCACUUCUCCAAGCUGCAAGAAGCGGUGGCGGAGGCCCGGAGGCAAGUGGGGGAACGGUUGGAGGCCGCGCGGACGCGAGCUCUGCGCCAGGCCGAAGGCGUGGAGGCCCACCUGAAGCAAAGGAAGGCGGAGCUGAGCAAGGCCUCGGUUGGGAUCGGCAAAGUCUCGCGGGCGGACUGUGACGUCGCCUUCCUGCUGGAAUACGCUCAGUGGAAGGAAGGCGUGGCUGAUUUUUGCACACCCAGGGUCAGCGUGACCCGUUUGGACCACGUGAACUCUUACGUCCAGGUGGUAGCCGUUGUCACGCAGGAGCUGCGUGACCAGAUUCUUACCUCCUACCAACAAAAGCUUAGCGCAAUUUCUCAAAGCGGCCCAUCCCAGACGCGGUACGUUUGGCUGCCUGAGCCGAAGACCUUGGAAGACUUUUUAAAAUAUGCAAAGAAUUGGACUUUUGACCCAGACAGCGUCCAUAACUUCCUGCGUCUGACGUCAGACAACACCAAAGUGACCAACACCAGCCCCUGGCAGCACAGCUACUCGGAACAUCCCGAUCGCUUCGAGCACUGGCGGCAGGCGAUGACGUCGCAGAGCGUUUACGAGGGCCGCCAUUACGCCCGGGCGGAGCUGAGCGGCGAGGGGGCACACAUAGGCGUGGCCUACAAAAGCAUCGAGCGCAAAUGUCAGGAAAGCGCCGGCUGUGUCACCCACAACGACUUCUCGUGGUGCGUCGGGAGGACCGGGCGGGGGUUCUCCGCCUGGCACGCCGGCGUCGAAACGCCCCUGGAGGUGACGUCGGAGGAACGGGACGUGAGCGGCGUCGGCGUGUACAUGGACUUUCGCACCGGUCACGUUUCCUUUUACCUGGCGAGCGAGCCCAUGAGACUGCUGCACAAGUACAACGCUGAUUUUAUUGAACCAUUGUAUGUUAUCGCUUGGCUCUCAAAGAAGGAGAAUGUGGUUUGUCUGGUUAACGCAAAGUGA